GUUAAACAAGGAAAUGGCCAAUGACAUUUCAGCUCAGAGAGCCAAUGCAAUGAUGUGAUGAUGCCUCCACUCAAAGCAGAGGAAAGGUUUCAGAGAAUCUAAGGUUGAGCACUGAAGGUCAUCUGAAAAUGUAUGUCAAUCUCUUCAUUGUAUGUGUUCUCUUUUAUAAACCGUCAAUGCACUAUUCUGAAAGUAUUCUGCAGAUGGAAGAUGUUGCAGUUCAAGUAGGUGAUGAUGUGACAUUUCACUGCUUUCACCCAAAAGACCAACUGAAUAGAGUUAUGUGGUUCAAACAGACUCUGGGCGAGAGACCUGUUCUUGUAGCCUCUUCGUACCACUGGACUCAAAAAAGUAUACUUUAUGAUGAUUUUGAAAAGUCAAUGCGCUUUAGAGUAGGUGCAGGGAUUGGCAGCUUUAAUUUGACUAUUCAAGAAACUGCACAAUCCGAUUCAGCUACAUAUUACUGUGCUGUUUCUUUUUCUAAUGUUGUCUACUUUGGAGCAGGAACUAAUCUAGUGCUUAGAGCAGGUUCUAAAUCCAACAGGAGUCAUAUUCUACAGCAGCCUCACCCUGAAAUAACAUUGUCAGGUGGAAAUGUAACUCUACUAUGUACAAUCCAAAAUGAACAAGAGAGUUGUAGAGGUGAUCACAAAGUCUACUGGUUCAAACACGGUUUAGGAAAAUCCCAUUCAGGAAUCAUUUACACUCAAGGAAGUUGUAAAAACAGCUCAGUUUCUCCUACCAAGAGCUGUGUCUACAGUCUCUCUUUGAGAAACAUCAAGCCCUCUGAUGAUGGGACUUACUACUGUGCUGUGGUCACAUGUAAGGAAAUUCUAUUUGGAAAUGGAAUUAAUCUGGUUUCUUAUGAUGAACAUAAAGGCCAACACAUAAAGAUCUACAUUCUAAUUGGCCUUGCAGCACUGCUGACUGUAAGCUUCAUCAGUAAUAUUCUACUUUGCAUAAAAAAGAUGAAAGGCAACACAUCUCAACACGUUCAUGCUACAGAUAAUAUAGUGUCAAGUGUACAGUACCACAGGACCUCCGAUUUGAAUUAUGCUGCCUUAAAAUUCACAAGGCAGAGCUCAAGACAGCAGCGAGAGGAGAGACAAAGACUGACGGAGUACUCUGGACUGAAAUGUAAAAACUCUGUAUUGUAAUACUGAAUAUAUAUAGUUGCUAAUAUUGUUUGCUAACCAGAGCCACUUUGAUGAAUCAUAAUUGACAUUGUUAUGUUCUGAAUAAAAUAUUAAACUUAAAUGUUUACAAUUAGUCUCUUUAUUCUCAUUAUCUCAUGCUUACUGUGCUUUGAUGUUGAUGUUGUACUGUAUGUGAAUAAAGUGUU